CAAAUAGAAAUGAACGACUCCUUCGAAGAGAUGCUUAUCCAUACCUACGAAUUCGAGAAGGUGAAGGACAUUCGACCUUUUCUGUGUGAAUAUUGGACAACAUCCUUUCUCUUGGCCCUUAUCUACCUAAUACUCAUUUUCAUGGGGCAGAGAUAUAUGAAGGACCGAAAACGCUUCAAUCUACGAAUUCCCCUGACAAUUUGGUCUUUCUCCCUUGCCAUUUUCAGCAUCCUGGGAGCUGUGAGGACAUGGAAAUAUCUAGGAGCUCUAUUGAUGUUGGGGGGGCUGAAGAAUUCCUUGUGCCACCACGGCUUCAUCACUAAUCCCACUGUGCGCUUCUGGUCCGUGCUUUUUGUAUUCAGCAAAAUUGUGGAGUUUGGGGACACUGCAUUCAUCAUACUUCGGAAGCAGCAGCUCCUGUUCUUACAUUGGUUCCACCAUAGCACAGUGCUAGUGUAUACAUCUUUCGCCUACAAGAAUGGUGGGGCAGGUGGUUGCUGGUUCAUGACCAUGAACUAUGGUGUACAUGCUGUCAUGUAUUCUUACUACACAGUGAAGGCCCUGGGUUUGAAACCCCCUCGAAUUCUGCCCAUGAUCAUCACCACUCUUCAGAUCACACAGAUGUUUGUUGGCGCUUCCGUUGGCAUCCUGUCCUUCCUCUGGCGCAAGGAUUGUGCCUGCCACAACUCUGAGCAAUACCUCUUCUGGACUUUUGCAAUGUACUUUGCCUACUUUGCCCUCUUCCUAAACUUCUUUUACCAGGCCUACUUCAGAACUGUUCAAACCAAGGCUAAGGUCAAGGCCAAGAGCCAGUGA